GUAGGUGACUGAGAUGGGCGUUCGUCUAGGCCGCUUGAGCGACUCCCCGUGGUGGUGGCCACUGCUGCUGCUGUUGCUGCUCUGCACUGCCCCCUGGUGCCAAGGUCGGCCUUUCGCAACGCCCUUGCCAGCAGUCAACGUGGCGGUGGUAUUCAGUGGCUCGGCCUACCAGCAGGAGAUCAAGGGGCGUCUCAGCAGGGAGAACUUCAUGGACCUGCCCUUGGAGGUGAAUCCCAUCACAGUGCUGGUAAACAACACCAACCCUCGGGCCCUGCUCACACGCAUCUGUGACACACUGGCGGCCAACCGCGUACAUGGUGUGGUGUUUGAGGACAACAUCGGCUCGGAAGCCGUGGCACAGAUCCUGGACUUCAUUGCCCUGCAGACGGCCGUGCCCAUCGUGGGCAUCAGCGGGGGCUCCGCCAUGGUCCUGCCACACAAGGGCGAUGGCUCCACGUUCCUCCAGCUGGGCUCCUCCAUCGAGCAGCAGAUAAACGGCAUGUUCAAGGUGAUGGAGGAGUACAACUGGGACAGCUUCGUGGUCAUCACCAGCCUGUACCCGGGCUACGAGGUCUACGUGGACUAUGUCAAGACCUUCACUGACACCAGCUACUUCAUGUGGGAACUGCAGGACGUGCUGACCUUCGACAUGUCUGCCGACGGCAUGAACGACAUCCGGGCACGGCGCCUGCUGCAGCAGAUCGAUGCCCAGGUACUGCUGGUAUACUGCUCCCACGAAGAGGCCCAGUACCUGUUCAGUAUGGCCGGAGAGGCCGGCCUGCUGGGGCCUGGCUACAUCUGGAUCCUCCCCAGCCUUGCCGCGGGGAACCCAGACAUGCCCCCACCAAYCAGCUUCCCUGUGGGCCUCAUCAGCAUCAUCACCGACCGCUGGCGAAUGAGCCUGAGGAAGAGGGUGCGGGAUGGGGUGGCCAUCGUGGUCAAAGGGGUGCAGAGCUUCCGCAAACAGAGGGGCUUCAUCCCCGAGGGCCACAAUGACUGCCACAGCCCUAUUAGGGCAUCUUCUAAUGAUACACUGUUCAGGCACAUGUUAAACGUAACAUGGGAGCACAACGACUUCUCGUUCAACCCUGAAGGGUACCUGAUCAACCCAGCUAUGGUCAUCAUCACCUUAGAUCGAGAGAGACAGUGGGAUAAGGUGGGGAACUAUGAGAUGGGGAUCCUGCAGAUGAGAUACCCGGUGUGGCCUCGCUACGGCACCUAUCUGGAGCCCGUAUCAGAUAACAGACACUUGACUGUGGCCACACUGGAGGAACGUCCCUUUGUCAUAGUGGAGGCUGUCGACCCCAUGACUGGGACCUGUGUCAGCAACACUGUGCCCUGCCGCCGCCAGUCCAACAAAACAGAGACUAUUGUAGGUCAUACUGAGCCCUACACCAAACUGUGCUGUAAGGGUUUCUGCAUAGACAUCCUCAAGACGUCUCGCACCACCAAAUUCUCAUACGACCUCUACCUGGUCACCAACGGGAAGCACGGCAAGCUGGUCAGAGGCAGUUGGAACGGCAUGAUCGGAGAGGUGGUAUACAAGCGGGCGGACAUGGCCAUUGGCUCGCUGACCAUAAACGAAGAGCGCUCAGAAAUUAUCGACUUCUCCGUGCCGUUCGUGGAGACGGGGAUCAGUGUGAUGGUCGCCAGGAGCAAUGGGACCGUCUCACCCUCUGCCUUUCUUGAGCCCUACAGUCCGGCGGUGUGGGUGAUGAUGUUUGUGAUGUGCUUAACGGUGGUAGCUGUCACAGUGUUUAUCUUUGAGUACUGCAGCCCUGUGGGGUACAACCGGAGUCUGGUGAGCGCCAAGGAUCCCGGAGGCCCCACCUUCACUAUUGGGAAGUCUGUGUGGCUGCUGUGGGGCAUCGUCUUCAACAACUCUGUUCCAAUUGAGAACCCCAAGGGCACCACCAGCAAGGUCAUGGUUCUGGUAUGGGCCUUCUUCGCUGUCAUCUUCCUGGCCUCCUACACUGCCAACCUGGCAGCCUUCAUGAUCCAGGAGCAAUACACUGACACAGUCUCUGGACUGAGUGACAAAAAGGUAGGAGGAUUCAUCAGUCAUUGCAUCUAUGACGCUGCUGUGCUGAACUACAUGGCAGGUAAAGACGAGGGCUGUAAGCUGGUGACCAUCGGCAGUGGGAAGGUCUUUGCCACCACUGGCUACGGCAUCGCCUUGCAGAAGGAGUCCCGAUGGAAACGUCCUAUAGACCUGGCCCUGCUCCAGUUCCUAGCUGAUGGUGACACACAGAAGCUGCAGACGGUGUGGCUCACAGGGAUCUGUCGUAACGAGAAGAAGGAGGUGAUGAGCAGUAAGCUGGACAUAGAUAACAUGGCGGGCGUCUUCUACAUGCUACUGGUGGCCAUGGGGCUCAGUCUCCUGGUGUUCAGCUGGGAACAUCUGCUCUACUGGAAGCUGAGACACUCAGUACGCAAGUCUGAACGCCUCGACUUCCUGCUCGCCAURAGCAGGGGAAUCUACAGCUGCUUCAACGGUGUGGAGGACUCUGACCGCAACGGAAACCUGCAGAACCCUGACGUCACCACCAACUACACCCAGGCCAACAUGCUGAAGAUGCUGCAGACAGCCAAGGACAUCGUGACCUCGACCAGAGUGGAGAACUCCCUGGACAAUGCCACCAAGACCAUAGAGAACUGGAGCCGGCGAGGAGCCGACAAUGUGCGGGUUGGCCUUCCGCCUCGGGUGGCAACCACUAUAGACAUGGGCCACAGCCGCCUGCCCUACAUCUCCAGCAUCACGGACAACCACUCGCCCUACCCCCAGAGGGCGCUCGCUUCCACCUUCCCCAUCCACUACUCGGACAGCGCCACCCAGCCCCUGCUGGACAAAUCCAGGGUGGUGACGCGCCCUACCCCGCUCCGCUACACCCUUCCGGCCCGUGGCAGCCACCACUUCUACGAGAGAACCCUACCCAUCUCCAGCCUCAGCAGCCCCCACAUCGCCAUGAGGGACCCUGCUCCCCCCAGCACCUCCAGUCACAACCCACACCCCCACCACAGCAGCAGGCUGUAUGUGGAGAGCCAGCCCCGGCACCCCACCUCCCCGUUUGUCCCCUACAGAGAGUUCCAGGUGCCUGACAUCUAUGUGGAACACCACAAGGGGCCCCUGGGACGGAAGUUCAGCUACCCCCCUGACCACAUGGGCAGGAAGAAGAGGUCCCACAGCUACGUGUUUUCUGAGGCCCAAGACACCAGGGGGAGGAACGACUAUGAUGAGCCAACCUCCUGUCUGGCUGAGCUGAGGGCCAACCACCUCCUGAACAACCAUGCCCCUUCUGCAUCAACCAUGGCCUGCAUGGGGGGCCACUACCCUAGCGGCAGUGCCAGCUGCAACUCCUGCAUGAAGCCCUACCUGGAGCCUAAAAUGGAGGAUGUGCCCUUGCUGGGGAACGACAAGGUCAAUCGCCGAGCCUCUUUUCUCAAGGCCACCUGGAGCAGUGACAGGAUCCGCCAGCUGGGCGAGAAGCCCUCCACUAUGCCUGACCUGUUCCCCCGCGUAGUGGUGGCCAACCCCAAGCCCCAUAAGCUCUACGGCAGCCAGGGGAACAACCUGUGCUACCCCCUGGCCGCUGAGCCUGCCUACCUAGACCCGGCCCAUAUGCGUUCCUACCCCUACAAGCAGCAGAAGCUCAAGUGCUCCCAGUCCACCCGGCUACCAUCCUACAGGGAGGCUAUCCUGCAGAACGCAGCCGCUUUGCGGCGCUCCUCCUCCACCGUGGUGCACAGACACUACUCCACCUACCUGAACUCCUACACAGACCUGCCUGUAUACGUGGGGCCGCUGCCCCAGGGGCCCGGGCAGUUCUACGACAAGGACAUGUGCCACUUGUUCCCCUGUGCAAGCCACUGCCCUAACAACAAUGCCCUMSUGCCCCGUAUGGGGGACCGGCAGGUYGUGUACCAGAACAAUAUGUUUGGGGGCUACGAGGGKGCGGUGGGMCGGUCGCGGGAGGAGCCCCCCCUGCCCGGGUCUGGGAGCAGGGAUCGGAGGGAGGUCCUGGUGGCCAGAAGAGUCAACAGUCCCUAUGUGCCAAAGACCUGGGGCAGGGUAUCCAGUCUGGAGUCUGAGGUCUGAGCCCCUCCCCCUCCACACCUUCAGGCUGAUGGACUAUCUCUACCUGGGGUCUCCCCCUCAGCCUUUGGUUUAGGCAAAAACGAAUGAAUUAGCUACCAAUAUGGAUGACUUGAGAGUGUUUACUCAGUGCAAUAAUAUCCUUUGUUGACAGAACGAAGUAGAGGACAUUGAAAGGUUGUUACUGCUGGGACAUUGUCAAGUAAACAUUAAGCGAUAAGAAAAGAAAAGACAAUGUUGAAUAGUAUUUAAAACCUUCAAAUUUAACCUGUUGAUUGRUWUUUAAAAUAUUUUUAAAUGCUGUCUUGCUGUGAGAGAGAGAGAGAGAGACCUGGAUGACAAUACACUGUAGUCGCUCACUCAGUUUAGACACAUUUUACUUUUCUCUUCAAUCAUUUUGGUAUCCUUCCAUUUAAAUUUAGACACAUAUAAAAAUAAAAUAAUACUUCUGUUAUCAAACCACAGAAAUGUCUUCCACAACUUUUGUAAGUCCAGGAGCUCUAGGGAAAGCUGUCUGUUUAAGGCUUUUUGGCUCUGGUGGUCACUGAUGUAAUUUGACUUGGAUUUUAAAAGGGAKAUUUUUUAAUUAUCAUCUGUAUUUCCAUUGUUACUCUACUCUUUAAUAAAUGACAAGGCCACUUCAAGGCCCUUUUGGAA